AUGGGAAACGGAUCAUCCUUUGAUCAGGCAAGAACUGUUUACCUGGAUGUCAACGGCAAAGAAGAAAAGAUCAUCUUCAGUCGACACAGCAGUUCGCGAGACAUCCACGAGCUCAUCGCCCAGGCCGCCGGCGUUAGCAAGAAUGCAGUCAUCUCUCUUCGAGACAAGAACGGCGCCCACGUGUCCGUCUCACCAACUAUGCCCCUUAACACAUCAGC